AAGAGUGCAUAGAGGGUGAUGGAGAAGCGAGCGCACAAGGGAUCUGAGUGCGUGGAGGGUAAUGAGGGGAGGUGAGCACACGCGUGGGGGGAGCGAAGGGGACCUGAGGGCACGUGGAGGGGAAAGGAGGCACUCCUGGGGCACGCAGAGAGGAGCAGCUUAUGCACCGUGGGUGAAGCCGUGGGGUCUGAGCCCUCCCUGGGACGUGGCACCCCGCCGUCGUGGGCGAUGCUCAGAGCCGUGCCGGGAAAAUCCCAGGGAGCCGCGGGAGCCUCCGGCUGCCCCUGGCAACAGUGUUGUGCCGCCGCCAUCUCGGCCGCCCCACGUCCCGGCCUCCACGCCGGCCUCUCAGCAAGCAGGAGGCACCGGCAAGAUGGCCUUCGACCUGGAGGAGUAUUUGCGGACGGCUUUCCGGGACAAGCUGCGGCUGCCGACGGUGCCGACGCGGGAUGGUGCCACGCUGCUGCCUUCCACGCGCUUGCUGCUGAAACGGCGGGAGGUGGCGGAGGUGGAGCGGGCGCUGCAGAGCCAGCGGGAGGAAUUUCGGCAGAGGAUGGAGUGCCUGGCGCAGCGCCGGCGGCAGCUGGGCCGGAGGGAAGAGCAGCUCCGGGAUGUCGUCCUCAAAUUCGACGCCUUCCUCAAGGCUUCAGCGGCGAGGCAGGAGCGGGCGCUGCGGCGGGCAGACGAGGAGCGGGCGCGGGCGGCGGGGCAGGGUGCCGAGGCCGCCCGCCUGCGCCGGGAGCUCGAGGGGCUGCUGCGGCGCAGGGAGCGCCUGGCCCGGCGCCUGCGGAGCCUCCGUGGCUUCGGUGACUACCUGCGGAGCGUGCUGGCCGGGAUGGGGCAGUUCCAGGACAUCCCGGCCAUGCUGGCCCAUUUCGGGGCGCUGGCGGGGGCACGGGCAGCCCUGGCGCAACAGGCAGAAGCCAGGCAGGAGCAGCUGGCCCAGGGCUGGGCACAGCUCCGGCGGUACCGCAAGGAGGCCGGCAGCAAGCUCCUGUGCACCAACGACGAGCUGACCCGGCUCCGUGCACGCCUGGAGGCCACCCGCCGUGACGUGCUUCAAGGGGAGUCCCACUGGGCCCACGUCCAGAGCACGGCCACCCAGAAGACCCUGCUGCUGGGGCAGAUCAAGCUGGCAGUGCUGAACCUCUUCCAGCUCGCCACCGCACGGCUCGAGGUCCCCACGGACGUGGCCCUGGAAGACACCGAGGCCCAGCUGGACACGGUGCUGCUCUGCGUGCAGGACCUGGCUGCCAUCUCUGCUGAGCUGCGCCCCAGGCAGCCGGGGACGUGUCCCCCACGCUUGCCCGUUGCCACCGGCAUAAGCCCUCUGCGCCAUGGGGGUGCCAGGGUGCCUCCGAGCCAGGAAUAGCCCCUGGGGACAAUCCCCCCCCAGCUCCCAGGGCUGGGGAGAGGCUGCCAGGGCCAGCGUGGAGACACAGGACCCCCAGCACCUCCCUGGGGAUGGAGGUCGCUCCCUGACAAGUCUGGGAACCCCCAUAACGAGAGGCGACGCAGACGGCAGUGGGCACGCCGGGAUGGCACCGCGUUGGGGCAGAGCCUGCAAGGGGCACCCCGGGCAGCAGGAACCGGCUGCCGCUCACGUUCAGGCUGUUGGGUAUCAUCGCGGGUGUCUCCUGCCAAAAUACAACCCAGCUGCGGAUGCGCA